CCGCACCUCAGUCCCCCCUCCGACCACCUCUCCCUCAAAUUCAUCGCCCUCGGCCGCGGCACGCAGAACUACACCUGCCCGACCAACUCAAAGGACAACACCCCCAAGAAUGCCUCUGCAACCCCCAUCGCCAUCGGCGCCGUCGCCACGCUCUACGACAUCUCCUGCCUCGCCGCAACCCCGAAGGACCAUGCGCUGCGAUUCCUCCACGCCCUCCCAGGAUUCACCCGGGCCAUCCCGCAGGAAGUCCUAGCCUUCUAUGCCGUGAUGCUGUCCCAGUCCGCAAUCAUCGGGGAGCAUUACUUCUCACCCUCCCAAUCUUCUUCCACCACCUCGACCACCGCAGCCGCAGCAAUGCCCGUCUUCGAUCUCCGCCCCGCGACCUUCGGAAAACAAGGCGGAAGAUACGAGUCCAACUGGGUCAAGGCCAAGAAGGUGGAGAGUGUAGAUGCCCCUGGUAGUGCCCCUGGUAGUGGAGGUGAUGAUGUGCCCUGGUUGAAGAUGGUUGCGGUGGAGGGAUCUGGUAUCAAGGAGAUAUACCGUGUCCACACGGCAGGAGGGAUGAGUCCGGCGACUUGCGCGGCGCACGAGGGGGAGUUUGGGGUGGAGUAUGCGGCGGAGUAUUGGUUUUAUGGAUGA